AUGGUCGACAGGAACGCCAUUAGCAGACUCAAAACAGCACAUCCCCUACAGGGGGAUGUGCCAUUAACAACACCUGUCGACUGUAGCAAAGUGAGAUGGCGGACUUGGAGAACUCAAGUCGAGAAUGGGAGCUUACCAAUGGCCCCCUGCGUAGUUCCUCGAUGCCCCGAUCCAUGCCCUUGUGAGCCGCUGCCACAUCACCUGAGCCCCACUCCAUCAAACUGCCACCCUUUUUCGCCCCAUGGACAUCAGAACACUCCCUCCUUGGAGCAGACUUCCAGCCCAGCACGGGCUCCUAGUGAAUGUAGCCCACCAACACCUCCUGGACAUGGAAACCUGCCUCUCUUGCCCCCUCACCACAGGCCCCAGGGCUCCUGCCAUCUGCUCCCCCGCAAGUACGGCUCCCUCUUUCAGGAGUUCCCGGAUGUCUUCUGA